AAAUGACGUUAGGGUUAUGACAAAACAUUUAUUUUUACCGCUCUAAUUAACUUGAUAACCAGUUUAUAAUAGCAAUAAGGCACCUCGGGAGUUUGUGGUAUAUGGACAAUAUACCACGGCUAAGGGCUGUAUCCAGUUACUGUACAGCCACUGCGUUCCAAUUUAGGUGCUUAACAGUGUCCAACUCUGCCAUUUUCAACCCGUAUAUGGUUAUGAGUGUAAAGGGCUACACUGGGGUCUUACAAUUGCCUUACUGACGACUCAUUCGAAACAAAUGAACUGGAUACUGGAGGAGAGUUAUUGGAUAGGUUAUUGUUUUUGUGUUUGUACCAGUCCCACUCAAUUCUGUUUCUUUUCGAUUCAAUGGUGUCAUCUUGGAUCCAUUGUGUGGCUUAAGGAGAUGUUAUGGAAAUUGUGAAUCUUUGUACUUUAGUUAACAGUAUUUAGUCAGAAACUGUACUCCUGUCUGUCACCCUCUGGAGGGUCUCUGUGAAUAGAUAGAUGACACCUCUUGCAAUUGUCCAUCCUACAGCUGUUUUUUAAUGUUAUUCUGGUGUUUGUAGGCCUCUCCUAGAUGAGAACAGGUGCUUUAGAGGGAAGGGUUGUGUUCAUUAGGUACCAAAUGGAAGAAAACGGACAAACAGGGAGGGAUUACCUGGACUUGCCCAAUAAGAAAUGCUAAUUUUAGUUUUCUGUUGCAAAGCGCUUUCUGUUGCAUGUCCUAAUGAACACGACCCAGGUGUUAGGGUUAAUCAGUCCCAUUUUUCCUAGGAUAGCCUCUGUCAUCCUCCUCUCUUCCACAGGGAACACAGUGAGCCGUCUCUACCUCUGUGCUGUGAAGGGUUGAAAAAUUCCCUAAACUUCUCCACAAUUCCCAUGUUUUCCAGACAAUUCUGAACCUGAAUUUUCAUGAAAACCUAGGAACUUUGGGAAAGUUUCAGGAAUUUUGCAACCCAACUACUGUCUCAUCUGCUCUUACUAUAGCAGCACAGCAACACACCUGUGUCUCUCACCCAGGUUAAAUCAACCCAACUAGCACAGAAUGUUCCUGUAAUGCUUCCUCGUGGUUCUCCUUUGGUAAUUAGACAAAUAAUUUGCCUACAACGUUUUGGUAACGUUAUGUUGGUUCAGGAACCUUCCCACAACCUCAUUUUUUUCCUUCCUAGAACAUAAGCCAAAAUUUGUUAGCUGGGAAGAUAAUAUGGAUGGGCAGUUAGGGGUGGGGUGAGGGCAUGGCAUACAAGUGUUUGUGCUCACUGCUCCCCCCAUGCAAGGUGGCGUGUGACAGAGGCUGUUCUUCAGAUUCCACAGGGUGUCCGUUUAAACCCCUCGGCGAGAAAUAGAGAAUGAAGCGGGCAGAGACCCUGGGGGAAGAAAGCCGGAGAGGCCUUUGUGGUGAAGCGGCUGUUGGAGUACACAGAGCAGGCGGAGCCCGACCUGCCCUACGGCCUGCUGCUGGUCGUGGGGCUGCUGUGCACCGAGCUGGUCCGCUCCUGGUCACUGGCGCUCACCUGGGCCCUCAACUACCGCACAGGCACCCGCCUGCGGGGAGCCAUCCUCACCAUGGCCUUCCACAAGAUCCUGCGGCUCCGCAGCAUCCGAGACAAAUCCAUGGGACAGUUGAUCAACAUGUGUUCUAACGACGGCCAGCGGAUGUUUGAGGCUGCGGCUGUGGGCAGUCUGCUGGCAGGUGGGCCUCUUAUUGCUGUGCUGGGGAUGGGCUACAACCUGGCUAUACUGGGGCCCACCUCCUUACUGGGCUCUGCAGUCUUUAUCCUCUUCUACCCUGCUAUGAUGUUCAGUUCGAGGCUGACUGCCUACUUCAGGAGGAAGGGCAUGGCCGUGACGGACCGUCGGGUCCAGAAGAUGAACGAGAUCCUCAACUACAUCAAGUUCAUCAAGAUGUAUGCCUGGGUCAAGGCCUUCUCCCAGGAUGUGCGCAGGAUUCGAGAGGAGGAGCGCAUCAUCCUAGAGAGGACUGGCUACUUCCAGAGCAUCACAGUAGGCGUGGCUCCCAUCGUCGUGGUGAUCGCCAGCGUUGCCACGUUCUCCACUCACAUGCUGCUGGGCUACGACCUCACCGCCGCUCAGGCAUUUACAGUGGUGACUGUUUUCAAUGCCAUGACUUUUGCCUUGAAAGUCACCCCUUUCUCUGUCAAGUCCCUGUCUGAAGCAUCAGUAGCCAUGGAGAGGUUCAAGAGCCUGUUCCUGAUGGCAGAGGUGGAGAUGAUCCGGGACAAGCCCCUGAACCCCCAGGUUGCCGUGGAGAUGAUGGGCGCCAGCUUAGCUUGGGAGACAGCGGGUCACAGUGCCCAGCCCACACCCCGCGGCACCCCCUCGGUUGGCUCCACCCAGAGGCACAGGCACCGGAGGCCCGCCCAGGAGGACGAGGCAGGGGAGCAGGCAGGGUGUCUGCUGAAGGUGGGGGAGAUCCCUCCCAUCCUCUCCGUCAGCCAGCGGCUGCAGAGGACCCUGCACUGCGUGGACCUCACCGUUCGGCAGGGGAAGCUGACUGGGAUCUGUGGAAGCGUAGGCAGUGGGAAGACCUCUCUGAUCUCUGCCAUCCUUGGACAGAUGACCCUGCUGGAGGGCAAGGUGGCGGUGAACGGGGACUUUGCCUAUGUGUCCCAGCAGGCCUGGAUCCUCAAUGCCACGCUCAGGGACAACAUCCUCUUUGGGAAAGAGUACGAGGAGGAAAGGUUCCAGGCUGUUCUGAGUGCAUGCUGUCUGAGACCUGACCUGGCUAUCCUGCCCAAUGCUGAUCUGACUGAGAUCGGAGAGCGUGGCGCCAACCUGAGUGGCGGGCAACGCCAGCGGAUCAGCCUGGCGCGUGCCCUGUACAGUGACCGAGCCAUCUACAUCCUGGACGACCCGCUCAGUGCACUGGAUGCCCACGUGGGCAACCACAUCUUCAACAACGCCAUCAAGAAGCAGCUCCGCCAUAAGACCAUCGUCUUCGUCACUCACCAGCUGCAGUACCUUGUGGACUGCGAUGAUGUCAUCUUCAUGAGGGAGGGCAGCAUCACGGAGCAGGGCAGCCACGAGGACCUGAUGCGUCUCAAUAGAGACUACGCAGCAAUGUUCAACAACCUACAGCUGGGAGAGACACCCUUCGUGGAGGUGCCAACUAACAAGUCUGGGAACUCCUUAAAGAAACCCUCAGAUAACACAAAGUCUGGAUCUGUAAAGAAGGACAAGCCUGUUAGCAAAGACAACGGCCAGCUGAUGCAGGUGGAGGAGCGUGGGCGGGGCUCAGUUCCCUGGUCUGUGUACGGCGUCUACAUCCAGGCCUCGGGUGGAGCGCUGGCUUUCCUCCUAAUCCUGGCCCUCUUCGUCCUCAACGUGGGCAGCACGGCCUUCAGCAACUGGUGGCUCAGCUACUGGAUCAAGCAGGGCAGCGGAAAUACCACAGUGUUGGUGGGGAACAGUUCGGUGGUGAGCGAAAGCAUGAGGGACAACCCCCUGAUGCAGCACUACGCUGGAGUCUACGCCUCGUCUAUGGGUGUCAUGCUGCUGCUCAAACUUCUGCGCGGCAUCAUAUUUGUCAAGGGCACUUUGCAAGCUUCGUCCAGGCUGCACGAGGAGCUCUUCAGGAAGAUUCUCCGCAGCCCCAUGAAGUUCUUUGACACCACGCCCACUGGACGGAUCCUCAACCGCUUCUCUAAAGACAUGGACGAGGUGGACACGCGGCUGCCGUUCCAGGCAGAGAUGUUCAUCCAGAACGUCAUCCUGGUCUUCUUCUGCCUGGGCGUGAUUGGCAGCAUCUUCCCCUGGUUCCUCGUGGCUGUGGGCCCCCUGGUGCUGCUCUUCACCAUGCUCCACAUGGUGUCGCGCGUGUUCAUCCGCGAGCUCAAGCGCCUUGACAACGUCACCCAGUCGCCCUUCAUCUCGCACAUCACCUCCAGCAUCCAGGGCCUCUCCACCAUCCACGCCUACAACAGGGGCCACGAGUUCCUGGACAGGUAUCAGGAGCUCCUGGAUCAGAACCAGGCUCCUUUCUACCUGUUCAGCUGUGCCAUGCGCUGGCUGGCCGUGCGGCUGGACGUCAUCAGUGUGGCUCUGAUCAGCAUCACAGCGCUCAUGAUAGUCCUCAUGCAUGGCCAGAUCCCUCCGGCCUACGCCGGCUUGGCCAUCUCCUACGCCGUGCAGCUCACAGGGCUGUUCCAGUUCACAGUCAGACUAGCCUCUGAAACUGAGGCUCGCUUCACUUCUGUGGAGAGAAUUCACCACUACAUUGAGUCUCUAGCGCUGGAGGCCCCGGCCCGCAUCAAGAACAAGGCACCCCCGCCAGACUGGCCCCAGGAGGGCGAGGUGGUGUUUGACGGGACGGAGAUGAGGUACAGAGACAACUUGCCACUUGUUCUCAAGAAGGUGUCCUGCACCAUCCGUCCCAAGGAGAAGAUUGGCAUAGUGGGCCGGACGGGCUCAGGGAAGUCUUCUCUGGGCGUAGCUCUGUUCCGUCUGGUGGAGCCCUGUGGCGGCUCCAUCAAGAUGGACGGCAUCAACAUCUGUGACAUCGGCCUGGCCGACCUCCGCAGCAAGCUGUCCAUUAUCCCUCAGGAGCCUGUGCUGUUCAGCGGCACAGUCAGGUCAAACCUGGACCCUUUUAACCAAUAUGCCGAGGAGCUGAUCUGGGACGCUCUGGAGCGGACACACAUGAAGGAGUGUGUGUCUCAGCUGCCCCUGAAGCUGGAUUCAGAGGUGGUGGAGAAUGGAGAGAACUUCUCCAUGGGAGAGAGACAGCUGCUCUGUGUUGCUAGAGUCCUACUCAGACAGUGCAAGGUCUUGAUCUUGGACGAGGCAACGGCAGCAAUGGACUCGGAGACGGAUUCUCUGAUCCAGGAGACAAUCCGCAAUGCCUUUCAGGACUGCACCACCCUGACCAUAGCCCACCGGCUGCACACCGUACUCAACUGUGACCGCAUUAUGGUGCUCAACCAGGGACAGGUGGUGGAGUUUGACGAGCCGUCCAACCUGCUGGCCAAUGAGAACUCUCGAUUCUGUUCCAUGCUGGCUGCCGUGGAGAACAAGAUCUCUGUGAAAGGCUAAAAUGGGUACAGGAGGCACAGACAUGCCCUGGAGAUGAGGAGAGGGGAGGACGCUCCCAAAGGGGUCCAGCCAUCUGACCGCUCCCUCCGUGGUCUCACCCUCUUCCUCUGCUUACCCACCCUGAGCUUACCGCUCAGCCUGUAGAGGGGUGCAGCAUCGAACCAUGGAAUUAGAAUUCUACGGUUGCAUCAUGUCCUUGGUAUAAGGCAAGGGCUGCCCUGAGGAGAUGCUUGCUCAGAAGCCAUUUCAGCUGGAAUGGUCAGGGAACCACUGAUACUGUACUGUCUUUAGUAAUAUAUAAGAAAUAAAGCUUUAUAUGUAGCUAUAUUCAUAGCAUAACUGGUCUGUUUUAUAGAAUAUAUCUAUAUAUACAUAUAUUUACAGUGGUAAAAUAUGCUUUAUUUUCUACUGACUCUGUAUGUAGUUGUAUGAAAUGUAUUAUUGUAUAUUCACUCGUGUUUUACCAUCAUUGCUGACUAACUUUGCUGUUGAUUUUUUUUGCGGCUUGAAACAUCUGUAAUCCUUUCUCUUGUGACUUGAACCAAUGCACCCUUAAACCCUGGACCCUGGCACAAGUGGUGGAUCUGUGGGGCCUAGUGGGACAUAAGACUCUAGGAGAGAAAUGGUGCUGCUCAGUGUUUUCACUGGGCAAUCAAAAGGACGUGCUUAAAGGUAGAACUAACCCUGCUUAAAGGUAGAGGGUAUCUCCCCUUCUUAAAGGCCUUGUAUGUCUACAGCCUAGUCCCUCUCUUAACUCUCUUACUUCUGACUUUUUAUUAUCAUGAUUCUUUUGAUUGCUGUUAACUUCAGUUUGUUGUUACUGUUUGUCACAGCCCUUUUGCACUGAUGGUGAAGCUACAAGGGGUCGCCAGUGCCAUCUGCUGUUGGGGAGGGGAGGUCCUGCGACUGUUCUACAUUAUUAUUAUGGUGACAUAAAAGAUGCCUGUUGAGCACAAUGUCUUUGUGAUUUGAACAAGAUUGCAUUCUCUUUGCCCUGACCCAGUGAAUCUUUUAUGUGUGUGUUGUCAAUCCGCUAAUUGACACUGUUUGGACCAGAACCACACAGAUUAUAACACUCCUGCACUGGGUGUAGUAGAGAACCUCUAUCCUGUCUUUGCAGUAUUGAGAUGAUGCUCAUACUGUAACUACGAAUAACCUCGGCAAGCCUUGCAGAAUGUGUGUCGUUUUGUCAUUUCUAUUACUUUUUAUAGCCUUAGCAUGAAUUCAUUAUUGCCUUGUUAACAGGGUAGGAUGGAGUGGAAAGGGAUCGCUUUUAAAUAUUCUGUCAAUAAAAAUAUUUUAGGUUUA